GUCGCACAGGCCCCGCCCCACGUUACGCGCUGAUGUCACGGGCCGACAGCCAUGGCGUCCCUGGAUGCUGAGUGUGAGCCCAGCAUCGUGGGCCAAGCAGCAGCAGAGGCAGAGAUCGGCGUGUUGGAGCCAAGUGCUGGGAACAAAGCAAGUACAGGGACUGGUGACGCCGCUGAACCGGCCUCCCGGAGACUGAGUCAGGGAGCAACCGCUACAGUGAACCCCACCAGCGAUUCAAUGGGAAACAUCAGCUCGCAGAGCAGCAAGGAGGUUCCUCGCUGCGGGGCCGGGCCAGAGGCUGAGGCACGUCCCCCUGAGGCCGAGGGUCCGGGGGGCCGAGGGGACGAGACGGGAAGCAGGGAGACCCCGUGUAAGUCCGUCGAGGCUUGUCCAAGCUUGGAGACGCAUCACGCUGACACCGGGCCUGUCGCCCGCACCGCGCCCCAGCCCCUACCCAAAGGACACGCGGCCAAAACCUUCCCUGCCUCCCCCACCAAGGCACCGGGGGCCAACCGUGCCAAGAUGACUCUCACCGGAGUCAGCAAAUCUACCAACACCAUCCAGAGCCUGGCCAUGAAGCUGCUGAGUGUGCCGAACUGCCGGGGGGGCAAGGAGCCCCCUCCAGCGACCCCCGCCACGCCCGCUGCCCCAGCCCAGGACAACAAGCCCAAGGUCCACAAGGCCCGCAAGUCCAUCUCCAGACCUGCCCAGAGGCCUCUGGCCGAGAUGAGGGGCCACCUCCCGGAGUGGGGGGGCCAGACGGCGGCUGCCGGGGGGCCAUCGGAGGUGGAGUACGUGGCCACGCAUCCAGAGGAGAAUCUCGAGGGCCACAGGGCCAGGAAGUCCAUCAUGAAAGGCAGUUUCAGUCAGAGCUUGGCGGAGAAGUUGUCCAGCCUGCCCAUCGAGCGUCUGAGCCAGCUGGCGGGGGGAGGCGGGGAGGUGGAGCACGUGGCCCAACCCCACGACGAGGGCCCAGAGAUCCACAGAGCCAGGAAAUCCAUCAUGAAAGGCGGUUUCAGCCAGGCGUUGGCGAUGAAGCUGUCCAACCAAGCACACACCGCAGCUUCCCAUGAGAAUCCAGAGUAUCCGGAGGUCCACCGGGCCAGGAAGUCGCACCUGGGAGGAAGCUUCAGCCAGAGCUUGGCCCGGAGCCUGGCGAGCGAGACCGUCAACCAGGGUGUCUGCGGCGUUUCCACGGCAACGUCGGAAAGGCCAACCGUCCCCCGGGGACUGGCGGAGAAACCGAAACUUCACCGGGCGCGGAAGUCCAUGUUCAAGUCCAGCCCGGCCCAGAUCAAGCUUGUGGAGAUGAAAGGGGACUUGGAUCGCAGCGGCUCGAUGCAGCAGUCCACCCAGCUACAGUUUGACAUGCUACCUGGCAGAGGGCCAGGUGAAGGCAGCACAGGCCUGGUCAAGAGACGCAGGCCAGAGAGCCUGGGGCCGGAGUCGGCCAGGGCAAACAGCCUCCUGAAGGAAGAGAUGGCCAAGGAGGUCCCCCCGCUGGGGCCGAUGCGAGGGGGUCACGGCGCCAGGGCAUCCGUCAGCUCGGGGGCGGCUGAAGCGCUGAGCAGGGCGCGGGGACACGAGAUGAAGGCCGUUGGUAGUGGAGCCGCUGCCAUCCCAGUGCUGGACCUCUCCAAGGAGGCAGAAAGCCAAGACAAGGAGGAGAUCGUGGACCCGUGGGCAGCGGAGGUGGGCGAUGAUUACAGCUUCUUCUACGACAGCUACUCCGUGGAUGGCAGGGCCGACUCCGACAAGUCCAGCAAGACGGAGGGCGACGUUGGUGAGGACCGCCUGAGCGACGUCGAGGAUGACGAGGAGGAGCUAGAAGGUUCCGGAAACCACUCCGAUCGGAGCUCCAGCUCCAGUUUGAAGAGGAAAGGCAAGAAGAAGUGGAAGAACGAGAGUCCGUGGGUCAAGCCCAGCCGUAAGCGCAGGCGGAAGGACCGCGUCAAGCCGGGGAAGGGUGGAGCAGCGGUCAGUUCAGCGCGGGGAGGAGGUGCCCCGGCACAGAGCGAGUACACAGAGGUUCCCCUCAGCUCCUUGGAACUCCCCAACGACAACAGCCUUUCUCCAGAACCCACCGGAGCCUCCAACGACGCCAGCUCCAUGGAGACGGACAAGUACGAGGAGCUGCCCCUGUGUAGUUGCCGCAUGGAGGCACCCAAGAUCGACCGGAUCACCGAGCUGUCCAACAACACCUGUAUGGCCACCGAGAGCACCGAUGGACAGGUGAGUGGCAGCGAGCUUCAGGUAGAGCUGUGGGCAGCUGGGGUGGGCGGGACUGGGGAAGAUAAUGAAGAAAGCAGUGAUAGAGUAAAGGGGAAGAACACUGACUGCUAG